CGCGUGGAGCUCCUGCUCCCGAAGGCUGGCUCGGCGCAUGGACCCAAGGUCUUUAUUUACUGUAGCCUUAGUGCCUCUUGCAGAUAAAACACAUUCUCUGUUUUAUCAGGUAACGGGAAUCAGGUCUGGAUUUCCAGAUAGCGAAACAUCUGGAUUCCAAUCAUGGCUUCAAGGCAACCAGAUAUUCCUGCUAUUGAGCAUGGCUCUGGAGGGCUUCUAGGAAAGAUGUCCCUGCCAAUUGGAAUGCAUCGUCGGGCAUUCAGCUAUGAUGAUGCCCUGGAGGAUACAGCGCCGAUGACCCCUCCCCCUUCAGAUAUGCACUCCAAUGUCCUGUGGAAACAGCCAGUCAUCCCAGAGCGCAAGUACCAGGAACUUUCAAAGGUUGAGGAAGGGGAGGCUAGCGUGUAUCCAUCUGUCAUAACCCCCUCAUCUUCCACUGAAAGUGUGAACAAGGUCCCAGUGGUGAAGGCCAAGGCCACCCAUAUCAUCAUGAAUUCGCUCAUUACAAAGCAGACUCAGGAGAGCAUUCAGCGCUUUGAACGGCAGGCAGGGCUGAGGGAUGCUGGCUACACUCCCCACAAGGGCCUCACCGCGGAGGAGACAAAGUACCACCGUGUGGCUGAGGCACUCCAUAAGUUAAAGAUGCAAAGUGGCGAGAUGGCCAGAGAAGACAAACCGGCGUCUUCCACUCAGUCCACUCCAAGCAGCACCCCUCACUCCUCUCCCAAACAGAAACACAGGGGCUGGUUUAGUCAGGGAUCCUCCACUUCGAUCACUGGCCCAGACCUGGACUCCGAUGGGGGGGACAGAGACAGAAUAGCCUCUGAAAAAUGGAGCCUGUUUGGACCCAAAGCUGUCCAGAAAUCUGCGAAUGACCCAGGGGCCUUUACCAUCCAGCCCUACAAGGGUGCCCAGAAGCCAUCCCCAAUGGAGCUGAUCCGUGCCCAGGCCACCAGGAUGGCAGAGGACCCAGCCACGUUCAGACCGCCCAGGAUGGACAUUCCCGCUAUGGAGGGGAAGAAGCAGUCGGCACGGUCCCAUAACCUCCAACCCCGGGACCUAAACGUGCUCACUCCCACGGGCUUCUAGGAAGAUGCUGCGUCCGAGGCCGGCUGGCCUUGGUGUAUUCGGAAUGGAGUAAAGGGUGCUUCGGGUCACGUCCCCAUCCCUGUCUCUGCAGUCACCUGGGAAAGGCUUUCUCACGCCAGAGCACCGAGGAGCUAGAAAGAAGUCUGGAAAACAGCCAUCGCUGCUUCUGCAGCAAAGCCCGAACCGCCCGCUUUUUAUAGAAAGCUCCCGGAAUAGCACCACGUCCAUCCUCCUGGAUCAGCAGUAGUCCUGCUCCACUGGGAGUGCGCACCCCUCUAGCACCCGAAAGCCCUGCCUAGUGGGGAGACCUCUUCCCGGGCAGCUGGCUGUCCUGCCCACCUGCGUCCCAGGCUUUCUGCUCAGUGCCCGGCCAAGGGACCAGGACACCAGGCUGAUGUCUGUCCUGGAGAGAGAAGCAGAGACCAAAGCCCUCCAGCCAAGCCUGUCAGACACUGGAGCCUUCACUGACGUUCUCGCGAGACUGCUUUGAAUAACCAUCUAGCUCCCUGGCUCUGCACUGUCAGCUCCUAGUAGUUCACAUGUGGUGUGUGGUCUGGGGGCAGUGGCUGCUCUACACAUCAGUCCUUAGUGUUAAAUCCUGUACUGGAGA